AUGGCGUCCAGUAAUCACAUCGGCCAGCGGCUGUCCUAUGAUGGCGCGCUUUGCACGGUCCGCUACAUUGGGCCCGUCGACGGCACAUCGGGCACAUGGCUCGGUGUAGAAUGGGACGACGCUGGACGCGGGAAGCACGACGGCCAACAUAAAGGCGUCCGGUACUUCUCUUCGUGGACAGGCCUUUCCAAGAACCCCACCGCCGCCUCAUUUGUGCGGCCGUCCCGCCCCGCCGACGCUGCGCAGAGCUUCGUCGCCGCGCUGCACGGCAAGUACAAUGCCGAGGCGGUCGCGGAGCGCGAGUCGGAGAUCCAGAUCGUCUUUUUCGGAAAGAAGCCUGCCGAGGAGGUCGGCUUCGACAAGAUCCGCCGACAACUUGCGCGUGUUGAGGAUCUGACCAUCGUGAUCCUCGAUGGGGCACGUGUCGCCAUCGAUGUUGCGCCUGGGGACAAGAGCGUCAAGGAGACGAGCCCUCUCAUCACGGAGCUGGAUAUCAGCAGAAACCUUUUUGAGGAGUUUGAACAAGUAGUGAAGAUUUGUCGGGAACUCGGAAGCCUGAGGAGCCUGAGACUCAAGUGCAUUCUCUUCGCCCCCCACUCUAUGUGUCGUCUGAACUGA